AUGCUGUCCAGAGCUUUGCGUCUGAGCGCCUCGGCGCCCCGAGCUGGAAGCUUGGCCACCGCUGCGAGGAGACAGAGCCGUCUCUUCUCGUCGACCACUGCUUUCCGCAAGGAUGAGACCCUCAACAAGGUCUCCUCCAAUAUCACCCAGCCCAAGUCCCAGGGUGCCUCCCAGGCCAUGUUGUACGCCACUGGCCUGUCCGAGGACGACAUGAACAAGGCGCAGGUCGGUAUCUCCUCUGUAUGGUACGAGGGAAACCCCUGCAACAUGCACCUGCUCGACCUCUCGAGCAUCGUCGCCAAGUCCGUAAAGGACGUUGGGCUCGUCGGCUACCGCUUCAACACCAUUGGUGUCAGUGACGGUAUCUCCAUGGGUACUACUGGAAUGAGAUACUCUCUGCAGAGCCGAGAGAUCAUCGCGGACAGUAUCGAGACUGUCAUGAACGGCCAGUGGUACGACGGCAACAUCAGCUUGCCCGGUUGCGACAAGAACAUGCCCGGUGUCGCCAUGGCCAUGGGCCGAGUCAACCGCCCCAGUAUCAUGGUCUACGGUGGCACUAUCCAGCCUGGUUGCUCCAAGUCCGGCGAGUCCAUUGACAUCGUUUCCGCCUUCCAGGCCUACGGUCAAUACAUCUCCGGUCAGAUCACCGAGGAGGAGCGCUUCGACAUCAUCCGAAACGCCUGCCCCGGCGGCGGUGCCUGCGGUGGCAUGUACACUGCCAACACCAUGGCCACGGCCAUCGAGACUCUAGGUCUGACCCUCCCCGGCAGCAGCAGCUACCCCGCCGAGUCCAAGGAGAAGAAGAUCGAGUGCGAGAACGUCGGCCCCGCCAUCAGGAACAUCCUCAAGGAGGACAUCCGCCCCCGCGACAUCCUCACCCGCGAGGCUUUCGAGGACGCCAUGGUCAUCACCACCAUCCUCGGAGGUAGCACCAACGCCGUCCUCCACCUCAUCGCCAUCGCCCACUCCGUCGGCAUCAAGCUGACCAUCGACGACUUCCAGGCCGUCACCGACCGCACCCCCUUCCUGGCCGACCUCAAGCCCUCGGGCAAGUACGUCAUGGCCGACAUGCACAAGAUCGGCGGCACCCCGGGAGUCCUCAAGUUCCUCCUCAAGGAGGGCCUCAUCAAGGGCGACCGCAUCACCGUCACGGGCAAGACCCUCAAAGAGAACGUCAAGGACGCCCCCGAUGUCACCGAGGACCAGGACAUCCUCCGCCCCAUGAGCAACCCCAUCAAGGCCACCGGCCACCUGGCCAUCCUGCGUGGCUCCCUCGCCCCCGGCGGCGCCGUCGGCAAGAUCACCGGCAAGGAGGGCACCCGCUUCGAGGGUAAGGCGCGCGUGUACGAGUCCGAGUCCGACUUCAUCGCCAGCCUCGAGCGCAACGAGAUCAAGAAGGGCGAGAAGACCGUCGUCAUCAUCCGCAACGACGGGCCCAAGGGCGGGCCGGGAAUGCCCGAGAUGCUGAAGCCCUCGUCCGCUAUCAUGGGCGCCGGCCUGGGCAAGGACUGCGCCCUGCUGACCGACGGCCGCUUCUCCGGCGGUUCCCACGGGUUCCUGAUCGGACACAUCGUGCCUGAGGCUAUGGAGGGUGGUCCCAUCGGUCUCGUCAAGGACGGCGACGUCAUCGUCAUCGACGCGGAUAAGAGGGUCGUCGACCUCGAGGUCCCUGAGGAGGAGAUGGAGCGCAGGAGGAAAGCAUGGGUCCAGCCUGAGCCCAGAUACACCAGGGGCACUCUGAGCAAGUACGCCGCUCUUGUCAGCGACGCCAGUCACGGGUGCGUGACGGAUGGCAAGCUGGAGUAA